AUGGAGAUUAGUAGAACCAAACAAGGAAUAAAUGUUUCUCAAAGAAAGUACACACUAGAUUUGUUGCAAGAAACAGGAAUGCUUGGAGCUAAACCUGCAGAAACCCCUAUGGAGACAAACUGCAAUUUAGAAUACAAGAAAGAUGGUACACCGGUUGACACUAGAAGAUACCAAAGGUUGGUAGGAAAGCUUAUUUAUCUGGCUCAUACACGACCAGAUAUAAGUUAUGCUGUGGGAGUUGAUAAGAGGUCCAUUACUGGAUACAUUACUUACUUAUGGGGAAAUAUGGUUACCUCGAGAAGCAAGAAACAACCAGUAGUUUCCAGAAGCAGUGCCGAGGCAGAACUAAGGGCACUGGCUCUUGGGGUCUGCGAAGGAAUCUGGAUAAUUAGAGUUCUAAAAGAGCUGAGACUGAUGCAUAUUGGGUCAAUAAAACUCUGA